UGUGCAUAUUGAUCAGCUUAACAUGCAAGUUUCCUUUUUUACAGGCACCUCCGCCAGUGCAGAAAAUUUCCAGGCCUACCUGCUAGAAGGGUUGGUGCAGUGGAAUGAGGACAGAGCAGCGGCAGCGGUGGACCAGCCAAAGCAGGUGCUGCACUGUUACAGUGGACAACUGCAGCACAGCCUCAUCCAGCUCAGCCAGCAGCUGCUGGGCCUCAAGCUGGUUGAGGACUACAGAGCCGGGGGAGUAUACAGGAGAGCUCAUCGGGGUGGAGUACCUGUACUCCCAGCAGUGCUUGGAGCUGAGGGAGGACGUCGGCCAUGACCCUGACGCCCCAGAUGGCACCCCCCAUGUCCUGGAGAGCCUAGAGGAUGAGGACUUUGAAGAGGCAGGGCCAGAAGAGGAACGUGACCCCACCAUUUCCUCUUUGCACUUCACUGACAGCUCCCUCACUCCGCACUCCUCACCCGCUGUGGCAGAGGUCCCCUCGGCUCACAUAGAGCUGCCCGCGGACCCAGGCCCAAGUGUUGUGACUCCAGGCAGUGCUGAUGAUGAUGGUAAUGAUGUUUUCAGAGGCCCUGAUGGAGCUCCGGGGUACGACCACGUGGUCAGGCUGGCGAGGUACCUGGUGGGGCUACGUGACGAGCCCUGUGUCUCGGAGAGUCACGUUGCCAGGAUUGUCUCUCUCUGGAACAACCUGCCAGAGAGAGACAGGCAGCGUGUUUCCUGCCCACCGGGGCACAGGGAGCGGAUCCUUCAGGGCAGGUUCGAGGCCAGCCACUCGAAAACAUCAGUGUGCGCAGGGAAGGAAAGCCUGAAGCGCUGCCUGCUGAACCAAGGCACCAGGCCUGCACAGUGGCCUCAUGUGAGCAGACUCGUGGAGGCCAUCUGCUUGGAGCUCUGCUCACUUCACCCAGCUGGCCAGAUCGCUGGGGUGAGGCUGAACCGCUGGGCUGUCGUCCUGCAGGACUACAGCAGGAUCAGACAGCUGGUCCUGAGCAGCCCGGGGCUCAUGCAGGCCACGUCGCUGCAGGUUUUCGAAAUAAACCAGCGUACACUGUCCGUUUGGCAUAACGAUUUAGUGAAGCGGCAAGAACGUGCUGUGCUGUCCACGUACAUCCCUGUCCCCAACCUCAGCCUGACAACACCCACCCCUCUACCGGAGCCCAGGCAGGAGGAGCCAGAGCCUGCAGAACCUCCUUCUGACCUGAGGCCGUUCACCUUUUCCUCCCCUCCAGGCCUGUCCGGGCAGGCUGUGUGGAGAAGGCAGCAAACUACUCCUACUCCGCAACCCCAGCCUGCUCCUCUGCCCCCUGCAUUAGUCCCGCCGACACCUGAACCAGCCACAGCUGCCCUGCCGACACCCCCACCAGAUCACUUGCAGGCAGACUCCCCCGGCAACCUGCCCGGGUUAAAGAUUUGGAGCUGGACCACCGAGUGGAGGCGGAGGAAGGCAGCUGAAGCCUUGGCCGGUUCGCAGGGUCUCCCCAUCCCACCACGUGUCAGCCAUCAGCACUACGCGUGCACACAGUGCGGGCAGCUGCGGCGGCAGCAGUAUGGACACAGAAGGUUUAAAAAUAAAAUUUUCUGUGAGAAGGCAGAAGGGAUGUCCUAUGAUGAGUGGAAGGCACAGCAGGAGGAGCCGCGCUAA